ACAAAACAAAUCCUCUCUCUCCAUCUCACCACCCCAUUACCAGUUAAUGUAAUUAAAUCAUCUCCUAUAUAUACAUUCCCACACCAAAUCACUUCUUGCACAUUACCCUCUCUCUCCCUCUCUCUCUCUCUCUCUCUCUCUCUCUCUCUCUCUCUGUUUUUACAGUACUUAAUACCUUGUUUCCUUUCUUACUCUUUCCUUGUCUCUGCAACUCUGUCUUUCAUGGAUACACGGUUGCCCAUUUAUGAUCCUCUCCCCGAUGGGCCGCACUCCGCCGGUGAUCCGCCCAAUCCUCGGCGACCCAUUAAAUCUUGCCUCGCUAUCUUCUCUGGGUUCUUACUUGUUGCCUUUUUAGUCGCUUUUUUCGCCUUUUCUAAUGUCCCGGGUUCACUUAACGACAGCAUUAACGAAAGAGAGGCCCACACAAGCCAGAAUGGAGCCUCAUUGUCGUCGGAGUCCACCGAAUCCUCCAAGAUACUGCGACCUGGGUCUCGCGGCGUCUCCGCCGGCGUGUCGGAGAAGACCAACCGGCUGUUGUUCGCCGGAGUGGAAGAGUUGAAGGAGUUCCCUUGGAACAAUAGCAUGUUGUCGUGGCAGAGAACGGCCUUUCAUUUUCAACCUGAGAAAAACUGGAUGAACGAUCCUAAUGGUCCAAUGUUUUACAAGGGAUGGUACCAUUUCUUCUAUCAGUACAACCCAAAUGGUGCUGUGUGGGGUGAUAUUGCGUGGGGACAUGCUGUUUCGAAGGAUUUGAUCCACUGGCUAUACCUGCCAAUAGCAAUGGUCCCUGAUCAAUGGUAUGACUCAAAUGGUGUCUGGUCUGGAUCUGCUACCAUCCUCCCAGAUGGCCAGAUUGUUAUGCUAUAUACUGGCUCAACAAAUGAAUCAGUUCAGGUGCAAAAUCUGGCAUACCCUGCUGAUCUUUCUGAUCCCCUCCUCAUCAAUUGGGUCAAGUACUCUGGCAACCCAGUUCUGGUCCCUCCACCUGGCAUUCAUUACAAGGAUUUUCGUGACCCAACAACCGCUUGGUUGACAUCAGAAGGGAAGUGGCGUAUUAUUGUGGGGUCUAAAGUUAACAAGACCGGCAUAUCUUUAGUCUAUGACACCAAGGACUUCAAAAAUUUUAAGCUGUUAGAUUCAAUCCUUCACGGUGUCCCUGGCACUGGCAUGUGGGAGUGUGUGGACUUUUACCCUGUCUCAAAAAUAAGUCAGAAUGGACAGGACACAUCGAUGAAUGGCCCUGAAGUCAAGCAUGUGCUCAAGGCAAGCUUGGAUAAUACUAGGAAUGAUCAUUAUGCAAUUGGGACUUACUUCGACAACAAAGCCACUUGGGUUCCUGAUAAUCCUGAGAUGGAUGUUGGAAUUGGUCUGCGUUAUGACUAUGGGACCUUCUAUGCAUCCAAGACCUUUUAUGAUCAGGAUAAGCAUAGAAGAAUAUUGUGGGGUUGGAUUACAGAGUCUGACAGUGAAGCUGCUGAUGUGAAGAAGGGAUGGGCGUCCCUUCAGUGUGUUCCUAGGACACUGGUUCUUGAUCAGAAGACUGGUGCCAAUCUACUUCAAUGGCCAGUGGAGGAGAUUGACAGUUUGAGACUAAACAGCAACGAAUUCGUGAACAUCAAGGUGAAGCCAGGCUCGGUGGUUCCACUUGAUGUUGGCCCGGCCACCCAGCUAGAAGGUGAAAAGCUGUCUGUAAGAAUACUGGUGGAUCAUUCAAUAGUUGAAAGCUUUGCACAGGGAGGGAGGUCUGCCAUUACAUCAAGGGUUUAUCCAACAAGGGCAAUUUAUGGAGCUGCUAGAAUCUUCUUGUUCAACAAUGCCACCGACGUCAGCAUUAAUGCCUCUCUCAGAGUCUGGCAAAUGAAUUCUGCAUUUAAUCGUCCAUACCCAAAUGUUCCACAAAACAAAUGAUUUUUGUAUAAAUCAGUAUCAUAUCAUGAUUUGAUUCUGUAUAAAUCAGUUUCAUAUUAUCAUUUGGUAGUUCUUUCAAUAUUCCUGUAAAAAAGAAAGCAGUAUGAUCUCCUCCAAGAUGUUGAAGUUAGCAUUAUUUUUGUAGGCUGGAGAACGUGUAAUCAAAUUAUUCUGA